UUUUAGUUUGGUUUGGUUUUUGAUGUUGAUGUUGAUUAAUCGACUUGAUUUUUAUCGAUAUUGGUUGAAUUUUAUAUCACCAUAACUAAUCCAGUCCAUUCGUCUAUCCAUCUAUCUAUCCAUCCAUACAUCCAGCAUAAGCAAACCUCGAAAUACAAAACUCAUCACAGGAAAAUACCCAAACAACACAUACCCCCCCCCAAAAAUGCUUCAUCAAAGCCUCUUCACACUCUUCACUCUUCUAUUCACCAUCUCCGCAUCUCCUCUUUACACUCAUUCUUCGGUUUCUCUAAGAGAUGUUGCUCAAACCCAGUCUUCCCGUACUACAACAUGUCUGAGUACUUAUUUUGGUGGUUGUUGUGUUGUGGAUGGGUAUGGAGUUUAUGGAUCUUGUAUGUUGUCUAAAUCCUUCUAACCCCUCUCGCUUCAUCAUUCUACUCGCCCACGCCUCAUUGCCUAGCUAUCCAUCACUCCCUUCGCCCUCGUUGUGAAUUCUUCCAUCACCUCAAAGAGAAACAAAACCAUCUAACACACCAAAAGGUACAAACGCAACACUACUCGCUGAAAAUGUCGCAUGGAAUGGUAUACCCACGACGCUUACUGCAAAUGAAUGGGCAUGCACAAGUCUUAUUGAUGGAAAGGUAAUAAGUACAGGUUGUUGUGAAUGGAGCGAGAGUUAUGUAUGUGUUACUUUACUUUUCUUUUUGUGAAAUGAUUUUUGGAGAGAUAUUUUUGUCUUUCCGUGGUAACUCCUUAUUAUUCCCCAUCCCGCGCUCUCCGGGUCCUCCAUCCCUUUCCUCCGAUUAGCUAGCCUUCCCCUCGUCAUCCUUCCGCCACCCGCUACUCCCAAACCCCUCACCCCGCUUCCUCCCUUCAUCCCCAAGAUCUCAAUGCACAAAUCAAAUAAUCCAAACUAACCCCUAGCUCAAAAUAAAAGGUCGAUGUAACAUACCCUAAUGGAGUAAUUGUUCCUACAUUAGAAAAAUCAAUGGCUUGUACAGCUAGCAGUGCUGGUGUUUCGAAAAGGACGGAGGAGCUCGAGAGUGGAAAGGUUAUAUGAGGAGAUUGAGGUUGUCUUUGGCCUUUUAAUGGUUAUAAGUUGGAUGGGAGGGAUGGUUAGGAUGGAUAGGAUGGAUGGGUCGUAGGGAAAUUAGGUGAGGUUUUGGAGAAGAGGAGUGGGAGUGGGAAAGUAGGUCAGGACAGCGACCGCUAUGAUUUGGAAGAUUCGGAAAUUUGUGUGUGGAAAAAUUACUCGGAAGAGAUAUUUUAUUUCAUUUGGAUAUCGAUGAAGAGUUGAGGAUUAUGCGAUGCGAGUGGUUAGAAGAAAGAGGGAGGUA